AUGAACUUCCUCCAAUAUCCGUUUCUUUUCACCUACCUCAACUUCAUCCUCUCCGGUUUAAUCGAAGUCCCCUCCUACUUGGCCACUCCGCCUUGCCUCCGAAUCCUGGGCCGUCAAUGGUUUGUCGGGCUCUCCCAUUUUAUCACUGCCGUCGCUUUCCUUGGAGUCAUGUUCAUCGACAACCACAAGCUCUACCUGAUCGUUUGGCUGAUUGGAAAGUUUGGGAUCUCAUGCGCAUUGACGGCGCUCUAUGUCUAUGCCAGUGAAGUGUUCCCAACUACAGUCAGAUCGAGCUGUAUUGGGUUCUGCUCGACGGUAGGACGGAUUGGAGGCGCGUUUGCGCCGUCGAUUAGAGUGCUGGUGAGUUGGGAAACAUAAAACUUUGAUUUUUGGACGUUGAAGUCCGUUCGCAAGGUCGCUGGAGUGCUUUUAGCAACAUAAGCUUUGCGAAAAAGGUCAGGGUGCGAGCGACGACCAAAAAUAGGCCACGUAGGUCCAUCAUUUUAUGCAUGGGGAGGCUGGGAGAAAGGUUAGUUAGUAGAAAAGAUAAAUCGGGUCCUCAGUUUACAGUUUGUAAUCUAUUUUGAGAUAUUUUACAUGUAAUCACCUCACAUCAAUAAUAUAAUAUCUAGACAAAAGUUACGGAUCUUAUUUUUCCCCUCAAAUUUUGGUCGUUUAUAUGUUACAAUAACGCAGGGCGAAGAAAACUAGAGUUAGUAAUAGCAGAAUUGGGAAAAGUGAACAUAUUGCAAGUCUUCGCCAAGUCUCCGCCGAGCCUUCGCCGAGGGUCCGCCGACCAUCCAAUGGCCAUAUCUAAGCACAUUUGGGCCGGAAGUCCUCCGUUUUUAUAUAAUUCAUCGAUAUGGUUUCAAAUUUCAGGGGAUCCUCCAUCCUGAUCUCCCCAACCUUCUAUUCGUUUCAAUGGCGACCGUCGCUGGAUUUCUUACUUUUAUCUUGCCGGAGACUGCUGGAAGAGAGCUUCCAGACGAAGCUGGAGAAUCUGUUCACACCAUCGACGACUCCUGA